AUGGCGCUCACGGAUUUGGAUUCGAAGAAAGGCUUGGCUUUGGGCGGAAAGCUUGACGAUUCCGAUAUCAAGCUUCUUACGUCCGAAAAAUCUCCAAUCUCAUGGUACUACAAUUGGUCACCUACGCCGUCCAAUAUUGUUGGAAAUUCGACCCUUUUUAUCCCUCUUAUCCACAGCCUUGAGACUCUCAAAGAGGAAAACAUUUGGUCUGCACUCGACGGAUUGCCACCUUCCUCGGAAUACAUGUUAACGUUCAACGAGCCCGACGAAGCCGAGGAGAAUGGCGGGAGCUACAUUUCCCCAGAGGACGCGGCAAAAGCGUACAUCGAGGAUAUUGUUCCCCAUCGCAACUCAUCACGGGGCUGGCAAAUAAGCCACCCGGUGGUGACAGGUUCGGAGCGCGGCCUCAACUGGUUGCGAGACUUCAACGAAUCCUGUUAUGAUAUAGACCCACGGAACGGGUGUCCCGCUGAUUUUAUUGCCAUGCAUUGGUUUGGUGAUUUUUCUGGCUUGGCUUCAUGGGUGGGCACUCUGCAAGGGUUCUACAAUUCGAGCGAAUUUCAAAAUACUUCAAUACUAAUUACCGAAAUGGCGUUACCCCAGGGGAGUGAGGAUGACAAUACCUCAAUGCUCGAACAGACCAUGAGUUACCUCGAUGGGUUGGAUUAUAUCGCUGGCUAUGCAUGGUUUGGUGUAUUCCGGAAGAAGAACGCCAAUGAGUGGACUGGGGACGGAGUCAGUCUCUUGGAAAAUAAUGGUGAUUUAACGGGCCUUGGAGAGAAGUAUCUUGGAGGUACUACGAGCGAUUUGAAGACAGAGGGUGACGGCGACAGUGGCAGCUAUGCGCUCCAAGUUCGCUUGUCUACCAUUGUUUUGUCUCUAGUCUUGGCCUUGGGCGUUCUGAAUAUGUAG